AUGACAAGACAAACAACGUAUAUUCAUAAUUUGAUUGCCCAAUAUUUACAGGAUAACAAUUAUCCUGAAACUUUAAAGCAAUUUGAAAAUGAACAUGGAACAGCAAUUCAACCAUCAAAAUUACUCGAUGAAUCAUUAGAUGAAAUAAUUGAUGAUAGAAUUCAAUAUAGUUCAUUACUUGAUAAAAUUGAAGCUAUUGAUGUUAAUGAAGAACUUCAUGAUGAUUUAAAACAAAUAAUAAAAGAUGAAUUUAAUCAUUGGAUAACACCAUUCCCACAAACACCUAGAAAACUAGUUGAUAUUGCAGGACUCGUUUUAGGUUCAUGUUAUUCUCAAGGGUUAGUUUAUUUCAGUAGUAAUGAUUCCAAUGUUCAUGUCGUUAAAGAAGAUAUAAUUUGUAAAACUAUCAAAAUGCCUGUUGUCAUAAAGAAUAUUUUAACUGUCGGAGAUGAUAAAAUUAUUCUAGUAGGAAUGAAUGGUACUUUAUAUUUAAGGCAUCUGGAAAAUUUGGAUCCUAUAAGUGAAUUCCAAGCACAUAAGAGAUUAAUUGUUGAUGCUAGAUAUAAAAGAGUAGGUAAUGUUGAUUAUAUUGUUUCAUUGGGAUGGGAUUUCUUUGUAAGAUUAAUCAAAUUGGAUGAAGAGAACAAUUUUAGUCUUUUAUCUGAAUUAAAACUUCAACAACAAGGAUCAUGUAUUGAUGUGGUUGAGUAUCAAAAUGAAUUGGUUAUUGUGUUGGGGAAAUUGGAAAAUACUUUGUUGGAUGUUCUAGCUAUUAGAGAUAAUCAAUUGACUUUAUUAUAUAAAAUAUCCUUGAAUGAUGCUGAAUUUACUGCUGCUGGAUUUUCUCCACGAUUAUUGACUAUUCAUCAAGCUGCAAUUCCAUUGAUUGCCGUGGCGACAUCCCAUGAACCAUUUAUGAGAUUAAUUAUUGUUCCAUUACUGGAAGCAAUUCCUGAUACCGCUAUCAAAAGGAAUCAAAUUAUUAAGAAUUUAAAUACCUUGUCGCCACAAGAUAAAUAUUCACAACCAAUCAUUGCAUGGAGAUUAUGUAGGGACGAAAAUGAUAGAGCCAGUGGAGUAUGGGUUAUGGGAGAUGAUGGUGUUAUUAGAGGGCUUGAUAUUAUUGAUGAUAAAGUAGUUAUUGAACUUAAUGAAGGACAUCAAGGUAAGAUUAAAGAUUUCAUUAGUUUUAUUGAUGGUGAUGGGGUAGAAAAACUUGUUACUAGCGGUAUAGAUCGAGAAAUUAUAGAAUGGAAAUAA